AUGGCGCGUGAGCCGCCGGUAGAGCUCUUCUGGACGCCAGACCAGUCCCAACAGCAGCGCUAUGAUCUUACGAAUAAAACCCAUCAACAAUCACCCACUAAUUCAUCCAAUAUUUUGGGGAAUGAUUCUCCUAAUCAAGAGAAACAACAUACUAAAAAAUCAGUUGAUUCUAUUGAGCCAAUUGCGAGAAUUGAUGAGGCGACUACUGAGAAAAUCGUGACUGAAUCGCCUGAAAGGGGCCUUCAAAUUCGAGUAUCUUUCCAGCAAAUUCGAGGCGAAUUGACCAGUGGAGAUUACUCACCUAUUGAAGAGGUUCACCUCACUGAAAUUUCAAGAAAAAUGGACGCUCACAUCGCCGGCGACAAAGAUUCCAGUGUGGGAGAAUUGUUGACCAGAAAAUUUCAAGGAAAGGGUCUGAAUAGAAUUCAGGCAAACCUAGUUGGAACUCAGUUACAACACCAAUUGAAUAGUGCAGGGCUAGAAGGGAACCUUUCCCAUAAUCAUGAAAACUCCAAUGGUCAAAGGCAAGAGCAAUAUGCAAUUGAUGAUCAAGGAAUUGAGACACAACCAAAGGUACACGACAAAAAAAUAGGACAAAGCCCAACUGAUCAACAAAUCAAUGCAACUCCUAAGGCCAAGGAAGUGGUUGAAGUGGAGAGUUCAUCCCAUUUCUCUUUUGGAGUACAACCUACUGAUACAACUCCAAGCAAUGAGGGAAGACAAAUAAUACCAGGUAAACCAAUAAAAUCUGAUUAUACUCCUACUACUAAUCAAUUUCGAGAACAACAUACAGCUAGCAGGAGACCACAAGACAACACAUCAAAGGAGAUGGGAACACAGUCAGGUAAGCACACUAACUCUAUAACAGGUCACAAUGUUGUAAUUCUGAGUAGUGGAGUAGCCCAAAUGCAACUGAAUGCAAAGGGGGCAAAUAAACAGUGCUAUGACUGCAAAGGAACAAGACACCAAGGUCACAUGAUGCAAGAGUGCACCUUCAGAAUAAGAGAUGAUGAAUUCAGGAGGAAAAAAAGAAAUGGAAGCAGAAAAAAGAAUAAAAAUAAAGGUGACCAAGUACAAAAAGGAAAAGACAAUAAACAGACCAUGCCAAAAGAGAAGGAGGAGGAGCACAACCAAAACAACAGGGAAUCCAAAAACCAAAAACAACCAGAUCAGCAACAAGAAGAUGGAUGGCAAGUUCAAAGGAAGAAAAACAACAAGCAACAGGAAAACAAAGUUCAAAAAAUAGUUUGGAGACCAACCUCACCACAAAAUAGGAUGACAAAGGAGCAUCACCAAAAAACAACACAACAAAUAGGUAUAUCAACUAACUCUAACCAAAAUUCCUAUGCUAAUUUAGAUAUGCAGGAUCAACAAAAAGAUGACAGGGAAGAGCCUGACAGAAAUGAAAGGACACCACCACAAGGAGCACAAAAAAGAUAUGAAUCAGAUCCCAACCAAGAAGCACUGGUCACACAGAAGGUAAACAUGGUGAACAACAAGAGCACAUGUAUUGACUCUACACUCCUAGUCCCCACAAACUCUAGUAUUGUGUAUGUUGAUUGUAAUGUUGAAGUUGAAGGAGGGAUGGAAGGGGGAAGUCAGGAGAACCAUACUAACUUGCAGGAAGGGGUGUCCAAAGGAGGGAAUUUGACUCAUGUUCUUCAUGAGGGGGUUCACAUUGACCUUAGUCUUGACCCUAAAGCCUCUGCUACUCCUAAAGCUCAUCAAUACAGUCCAAGACAGCAACAACCCCAUCAGCAAAUUCAAACAGGGUAA